GGAGGCUGCUGGGAAUCAUCACUAAGAAAGACAUUCUGAAACACAUGGCGCACAUCGCCAACAGAGACCCCGACUCCAUCCUCUUCAACUGACCCUCCUCUGUAGAGCAGCGGGGAAGAUAAAAAAAACACCAGCUUGGAAAAACGAAACGCACCUUUUUUUUGACCUCUUCAGCCGUCAGAAAGCUUCACAGAAAGCCAAGCAAGUCGAGCUCCAUUUGCACCGGCGACUAGAGAACAAUGGAUGUUGUUUUUUGGGGCUUUUCCCAAAGACACUGCACCGCUGGAAAACUGAAACAAACCGCUCAGAAACAAUGACUCAUCCAUCCAUCGCUCGUUCAGAAGGAUGCAGUGCAGACACACGGGAGAACACGAAUGGAUCACAUCACAUCUGCUCCUUUAUUUGACUUUUCACAUUCUUUAUUUCUCCCUUUUCCAAAAGAAAUGUGAGUCCAAGAAGCAAAACAACCCCCAUGUCAUUAUCUUAUCUACUACACAUUAACAGAAUACACAUUAAAAGGGAGUGGGGGGAGAUCAUCUGGGAGUCUUUUGUGGCGCUCCGUGCUGCCCUGCGAGCCCAGACAGAGAGCUCCAAACUGGGCUGAUGGAUGCAUGAACUCACCCCGUUCCUCCCCUCCUUCCCUCCUUCCCUCCCCUCCUUCCUGUAGCCUCGGGGGGUGAUGCAUACAGGAGUGUGAGAAGAGGAUCUAAUACACACACUUUACACUCCAUAAAGACUUCAUGACAGCCUGGGAACUCGCUCCACAAAUGAAUACUUUUUAUUUUGUAUUUUCUUUAUACAGAACUAUGCAGUGUUGUGUUGCCAUGCAGACUCCGAAUGGCAACAUGGCAGUAAUAUUCAAAUAUAUAUAUAUAUAACAAAUUAAACACAUGCUGAAAAACCAUGUCAUGCCUUAUUGAAGGAAGUGUGUAAGUGUGUCAGGCUCCUGUGGAAGGGCUACAAAAUACACAAUGAGAGAAUCAUGACACAUGUUAAUUUAUGUAUAUGUUCAAUUGUUUGUCCCACUAAAUUAUUUCACUGACUUAAAUGUGUCCGUGUUUCUUUGUCGUGUGAAUUUUGACUAGUUUUUUUGCCAAACUCGGAGUUUAAUCUCCUCUCUUUUAUUGUUAUUAUUAUUGUCAUUGGAUAGAAAAAUAGGUAAAAACCCCAAAACUAAACAUUAAACGAGUAAUUUUAACAUAUUUAAUUGUCCAUAAUAAUCUCUGAUUGAUUAUAAAAAUGAAACUACUGUUA